UAGAGUCCAGGCCCGGGGAAGAACCGCAGCCAAGCGAGGCCAUAAAGGACGUUGCUAUGGUUUCCAUGCACGUCGUCUCCCUCAGCCUGUUUCUUUCCGCGGCGCUGGCGAUUCCGUAGUUUCCGCUUCCGGUAGUGAGAACCCUUCGGGUCGGCUAGGUACUGAGGACGUCAGGCUCUACAGAGUGAAGGUUUAAAUCCAAGGUCAUGGCAAAACAUCUGAAGUUCAUCGCCAGGACUGUGAUGGUACAGGAAGGGAACGUGGAAAGUGCAUACAGGAUCCUAAACAGAAUCCUCACUAUGGAUGGGCUCAUUGAGGACAUUAAACGUCGGCGGUAUUAUGAGAAGCCAUGCCGCCGGCGACAGAGGGAAAGCUAUGAAAGGUGCCGGCGGAUCUACAACAUGGAAAUGGCUCGCAAGAUCAACUUCUUGAUGCGAAAGAAUCGGGCAGAUCCGUGGCAGGGCUGCUGAGGCCUGUGGAUGGGACACCCAGUGCGAAACCCUCAUCCAGUUUCGUCUCCAUCUCUUUUCUUUGUACAAUCCCAUUUCCUAAACUCAAAUCACAUGUCUGCAAGAAGGCCUCCAAAUAUAGAAACAAUCCCAUUA